UCUGAGGUCUGCACAGUUAUGGACUAUAAAGGAAGGAGCAAAUCAGCCUGACUGUCACAGUCACAAUGAAGUUCGUGAUCUUGGCUUUGUUCGUUGCCGGUGCCUACGGGUGUGGUCUGCCCACCUACCCCCCCAUUCUCUCCAGAGUGGUUGGUGGAGUAGAUGUCCGUCAGCAUAGCUGGCCCUGGCAGGCAUCUCUGCAAUACCAGAGUGGUAGCAACUUCUACCACACUUGUGGUGGUACUCUGAUCUCCAGCCAGUGGGUCAUCACUGCUGCUCACUGCAUCGGAAGUCGCACCUACAGAGUCUACCUGGGAAAACACAGCCUGGACACCAACAACGAGGCCAGCUCUAUCGCCAUCAGCCCUGCCAAGAUUUUCGUCCACGAGGCCUGGGACUCCUACAGAAUCCUUAAUGACAUUGCCCUGAUCAAGCUGUCAACCCCUGUCAAAUUCACUGACGCCAUCACGCCUGCCUGUCUUCCCAACAAUGGUGAAGUCCUGCCUCACAAUGCUCCUUGCUAUGUGACCGGCUGGGGACGUCUCUGGACUGGAGGUCCCCUUGCUGACAUCCUGCAGCAGGCUCUUCUUCCAGUGGUUGACUACUCAACCUGCAGCAGGUCUGAUUGGUGGGGCAAUUUGGUGACAACCAACAUGGUCUGUGCUGGCGGAGAUGGCCAGCUGGCUAGCUGCAACGGUGACUCUGGUGGUCCCUUGAACUGUCGGAACCCUGAUGGAUCCUGGGAUGUCCACGGAGUGGUGAGCUUUGGCUCAAGCAUGGGCUGCAACUAUCCUAAGAAGCCCUCUGUCUUCACCAGGGUCAGCGCCUACAUCAGCUGGAUCAACAAAGUGAUGACCAGUAACUAAGAUGGACUGGAUCUUGUUGCAUCAUCCUCAAAUAAAGAAUAUGUAACAUA